AACCAGUUAUUAAUAUCGCUCCCACAUAGGAAACUUUUUCUCUGGCAUUUCACGGAAACAAUAUUCCUUCUUAAUCUUACUCUAUCCUUAUAAAUUGUUCCCUGUAUACUGCGCAUUAACAAUCACCUACUCAGAAUGGAAUAUCAACGCCCCAGCUAUCGAUCCAGUUUGGAAUACAUAGCGAUCCAGCAUUUUCCCUCUUUCAGUAGUCCGAUUUUCUUCGGUUGGAGCGUUUUUCGGUGAAUCCAAAAAAAUUCAGCCACGCAGUUUUCGUCGGGAAACUCUUUCACACAAUUAUUCAUGAAUGGAAUAUUGAACUAUUAAUACUUUUCUGGAUUACUAGACUAUAGUUUGUGUGUUGUGUUCACAAAUACAAGACAAUUAAGCGAUGUCCACUUUUAUUUAUAAUGGGCCAUGAACAUAAAAGAAAACCUUAAAUAAACGGAUAAUUCUACAAAAGGAUGAACCGAGACGAUAUUCCGACAAUAUUCAAUCCAAGAAGUUCUAGUCGCAAUCGCACCCCUAGCGUUUUAGUAACGGAGGAGGGAGUUGCAAAUGGUAAGAAUGGUCCUUCAUUUACUCACUCAGAUUCUGUUGGGAGUCAGCAGGACUCAGUCGAACCUCUUUCGCCUGCAACUCCCCAGCGAACCAGCAAUUGUACUGGAAAUGCAACAAUUCAAUCGACUGGUAUUGCUGGAAAAUUGAAAAGUUGUUCCGCAUCAAUUUGUUCGAAAUCAGCUAGAAAGAUAUACUUUGGAAUAUGGGUAACGGUUUGCGUGACAGCGUCUUGGGUUGGUGCAACACACAGUAUAAAGUACUUGUAUUUGCGAAGAUCCAAAGACGAAGACUAUGAUGACCCAAUUUUAGUACCUCAUGAUACUACCGAUUUAAAUAUGACUGUGCUUCAAACGAAAUACGCGGUCUCAUUUGAAGCCCCAUUUUUCACCACUUGGUUUGUGACGAAUUGGACAAUGCUGUUCUUUCCUUUAUAUUUUGUGAGUAGGUUAAGCACCAAACGAUGUGAAUCAAUGUCCGAUAUUCUCACGGAAAGCAUACGAGACUUCCGAGAUAAAGGGUUUACUGCAGUCAGGUUUAUGACCAGAUGCAGCUUAUUCUGUCUACUCUGGGUGGGCACAAAUUACAUGUAUAUUUUAUCUUUAAACAUCCUUCUGGCCACUGAUGUGAUGGCUCUUUUUGCUACUAACGUAUCGAUUGUCUACCUGCUAAGCUGGGUGAUUUUACACGAACAAUUUGUCGGCAUACGUAUAAUGGCUGUGAUAAUAUGCGAUACUGGUGUCGCUUUACUAGCUUAUAUGGAUGGAAUUACAGGAAGUCCAACAUUAGCUGGUGUAGUUUUAGCUACCUCAGCUGCAGCUGGUUCAGCUGUCUAUAAAGUACUUUUUAAAAAGGUGAUUGGAGAUGCAACUUACGGUCAAGUUGCUCUUUUCUUCUCCUUAAUUGGAAUGCUCAAUGCGGCUCUUUUAUGGCCGGUCAGUUUGGGUCUAUUUUUGACUGGACUGGAAACUCUCCAUUGGGAUAGACUUCCAUGGCCGGCGCUGCUAAGUGCAAGCUGCCUAUCUCUAGUUGCCAAUUUAUUAGGGAACUUCAGUGUUGCCCUAACUUAUGACCUUUUUAUAACAUUGGGACUCAUCACUGCUGUGCCCGUUUCUGCGGCACUGGAUGUUGUCUUAUACGGAGCUCAAUUCGAAGGGAUGAAAUUGGCAGGGAUGAUUUUAAUAGCAGUGGGUUUUUUCCUGGUAAUGUUUCCCGAUAACUGGCCGGAUUACAUUACUCGACUACUCAGAAAUAUCAUCAUGUUAACGCACAGUGCGAGAUGGAGUAGACGCAAUCGUCAUGGUAGCCAAGGUAUGCAACGCCGGGAUAUUAUAGACUAUAGAACUGGAUACAUCAGAUCCCAUCUUCGAUCUCCUUCUGGACGGGUCAGAUGAUCCAGUUUUAAUAGCCUACUAUUUAGUAAAGAGAAGAAAAAUUCAUUCACAUGUCCAGAAAUGCUGGGACGAUCCAGCUUGCCGGAGAAUCUUUUAGAUUGCCAUAUCGGAUACGUGUAGCGAGAUCCAUAGGAAAUAAUAGUUGUUAACUGAUGUUAAAUUUGUAGAUACUAUCUGUUAUUAGAGUUUAAAUGCACUUGUAAUAUACAUUAUAUUUGUACCAAC